AUGGCGGAGCCAAGCAAAGAAAUUCCAACCGACCCCGCUGUCGCACAUGGAGGGGCUCCCCCAACCGGCGAAGACCCCGCACAACCUUCCAAGAAGGGAGCAAAGAAAGCAGAAGCCAAGGCCAAAAAGGAUGCUGAAAAGAAACGUAAAGCCGAUGAGCAAGCUGCUAAACAAGCUGCUGCUGGAUCUGCAGCCUCCGAAGAUCUCGCAAAAGAUAAUUACGGACAAAUUAAACAUACCACGAAAAUCGAAGCGGAAAGUGUACAUCUGAGGGAGAUUGGUGAACAACAUGUUGGCAAAACGAUUAAGAUUCGCGCAUGGAUUCAAAAUGCACGAAUGCAAGGAGCGAAGAUGGCGUUUGUGGAAUUGAGGGAGGAGGGCAAUUGGACAGUGCAGGGAGUUGUGAGCGCGAGUGCGGAGGGCAAGCCGGUCAGCAAACAAAUGGUUAAAUGGAUUGGGGGACUGAAACUGGAGAGUUUUGUUGCGAUCGAGGCUGUCGUGCAAAGGCCAUUGGAGCCCGUUAAGAGCACCAAGGUUUCCAACUUCGAAUUACAUCUCGGAAAGGUUUACUUGGUAGCUACGGCUCCUGAGAUGUUGGGAUUGGGAUUGGGACCAGCGAACAGGGCUGUGGGAAAGUUGGACGAGGAAGAAGAUCUCAGUGAAGCUGCCGCAGGUCUCAGUGUCACAGAAGGCACCCCAACUGCCAGUUUAGCCUCCCACCUUAACAACCCUGCUAUGCACAAACGAGCACCUGUCAGCCAAGCUAUCGCGGAUAUUCGAAUUGCUGUCGAGGACUACUUCUGCGAAUACCUGAGAGCUCGCCGUUUUAAGAAAUUCCAUCCUCCUAGUUUGAUUGGAGCUGCUUCCGAAGGUGGUGCCAACGUAUUCAAAAUGGCAUACUUUGAUAAAGAGGCAUACCUCGCUCAAUCGCCACAAUUCUACAAACAAUUCGAGAUCGCCGGAGGUCGCAAGAGAGUUUACUGUGUUGGACCUGUUUUCCGUGCCGAGAACUCGAAUACCCCAAGACACAUGACUGAGUUCAUUGGUCUCGAUUUGGAGAUGGAAAUCGACGAACACUAUCACGAAGUCUUGCACAUGCUCGAAGGUGUCCUCCUAUUUAUUUUCCGUAACCUUGCCGAGAAUUACCGCGAAGAAAUCGACCUUAUCCGCUCAAUCUACCCAUCCGAAGAGUUUCUCCUUCCUGAAGCUGGUAAGGAAAUCCGCCUUACCUUUGCCGAAGGUCAAAAACUCCUUCGUGAAGAAGGCCCUGCAGAAUUCAAAGACGUCUUGGACACCGAAGAUAUGAGCACACCCCAAGAAAAAGCUCUCGGAGCACUCGUCCGCAAGAAGUUCAACACUGAUUUCUACGUUCUCGACAAAUUCCCCGUUGAUGCUCGUCCAUUCUACUCCAUGCCCGACCCCGAAAACCCUGCAGUCACAAACGCAUAUGAUUUCAUGAUGCGUGGUCAAGAAAUCUUAAGUGGUGGUCAAAGAUUGCAUCUACCAGAUCAAUUGGAGGAAGUCAUUAGAUCCAAGGGAUUGGACCCUAAUCAACCGGGUAUCAAAGAAUAUGUAGAUGUCUUUAAGAGUGUGGGUGUGCCACCUCAUGGUGGUGGAGGAAUUGGCUUGGAUAGAGUUGUCGCUUGGUAUCUGAAUCUGCCAAGUGUGCAUUUGGUCUGCGAUUAUCCUAGAACACCAAAGAGGUUAAGCCCUUAG